AGAGGCCACCCACGGGGUCACCAGGAUCCCACUUAAGUUUGGAAGGUGUCCAGGAAAGUGUUCAGACCGUUGAAAGCAUCAAGCCUGGGCAUUCGGACACCGGAAUCCGGGUGGUCCUGAGGUGCGUGGGCGGAGCUUGCGUGUGAGUGGCAGGGCACGGCGAGGAGCGGGUGGUCUCUGCUCCCCACCGCCUACAAACAUGGAUGGCUUCAGCGCUCCGGUCCGAGGCGGCCAUCUUGGUCAAGCUGGGCUCUGGAUGGACCUUGGCGGAGUUUAUAAACGCCGGCGGGGCUGCCCGGGUCCAAGGUCACAACGGGCGUGUGAGCGGGCAAAGUGGGGGUGCAGUCCGACUAGGACCUGCUGGGCCCCAAGGAUGGCGAGGAGGUGCGCGCUGAGGCGCUGCCUGCAGCUCCUGGCGCCCUCGGCGGAGCCGGCGCGGCGGGGCCGGGGGCGGCGGACUCCGGGAGCAGGUGGCCGCCGCCCGGGCUCCUCCUGUCGCCCCGGGCCGUUGAGGCCGCCGCGGCAGCGCGCGAGCCCGGCAGUGCCCGGCGCCAGUUCUUCACCGAUGGACAGUGACGAAGGCGAGAGCAGCCAGUCCUUGGCGCCAGGCAGCCAGUAUCCUAAGGAAACAGUAAGAAAACGGCAGAAUUCGACACGCCAUUCUGGAGGGAGCGAUUCUUCCAGGCUUUCCAGGAGAAGCUUCAAGCUGGAUUACAGGCUGGAGGAAGACGUAACCAAGUCUGUGAGAGGGAAAGAUGGCAGAUUUGUGAACCCUUGGCCCACGUGGAAAACCCCCUCCUUUUCCAGUGCCCUCCGGUGGCUUAUGAUGGAGAGAGACCACAGCGGCGUUCCCUGUUCUAAGGAGGAGCUUGACAAAGAACUCCCAGUGGUUACGCCCUAUUUUGUUGAUGACCCUGGAGCAGCUCGAACAAGGGAAGCCGGUGUGCGGGUCACAUGGCUGGGACACGCCUCGGUGCUGGUGGAGAUGGAUGAGCUGGUAUUUCUCACAGAUCCCAUCUUCAGCUCCCGGGCCUCUCCAUCGCAGUACUUGGGGCCCAAGCGAUUCCGUCAUCCCCCGUGCACCAUCGGUGAACUGCCCCCCAUUGAUGCUGUCCUCAUCAGUCACAACCAUUAUGACCAUUUGGACUACGGUUCUGUCGCCGCCCUCAACGAGCGGUUCGGGAACGAGCUGAGGUGGUUCGUGCCUCUGGGUCUCCUCGACUGGAUGCAGAAAUGCGGCUGCGACAAUGUGAUCGAGUUGGACUGGUGGGAAGAGAACUGUGUUCCGGGUCAUGACGAGGUCACCUUCGUCUUCACCCCUGCCCAACACUGGUGCAAGAGGACCCUGCUGGACGACAACAAGGUGCUCUGGGGCAGCUGGUCUGUCCUGGGGCCUUGGAACCGAUUUUUUUUUGCAGGAGAUACUGGCUACUGCUCCGUCUUCAAAGAGAUAGGAAAAAGAUUUGGGCCGUUUGACUUGGCAGCUAUUCCCAUUGGAGCUUACGAGCCGAGGUGGUUUCUGAAAUAUCAGCACGUAGACCCCGAAGAAGCAGUGAGGAUUCACAUUGAUGUGCAAAGCAAGAAAUCCGUGGCCAUUCAUUGGGGAACCUUCGCCUUAGCAAACGAGCAUUACUUGGAACCACCAGUGAAGCUAGGCGAAGCUCUAGAAAGACAUGGACUGAAGCAUGAAGAUUUUUUUGUCUUAAAGCAUGGAGAAUCAAGAUACUUAAAUACCAAGGAAGAAAACUGAGUAACUGUAAGCAGAGGAGCUUUUAAAGAAAAAAAGACAACAUCUGAUACAAGUUUGAAAGACAAAGGAAAGACUACGAAGUUAUGAAUAGUAUGCCUCUUUUUAGCUACA